UGAUUUUGCGAGCUGACAUAAUAUAUACAUUUUGUUUUUAUAGCAAAGGAGAGUUUAGAGAGUCACUUUACCGGAAGGAAACGAGAACUACCACAGCUGUGAGACACAAGUGCUGCGUUUUCUGAAAGAUUAUGCUGAUUACAAAACAUGGAACGAUGUUGAUGUUGAGAGAGCCCAUCGUAUUGGAAAGUUCGAGGCCUUUAAAUCGAGACCGAUUAUUAUAAAAUUCUGCAGAUGGUCUGAUAAGAUGAGGCUGUUACGAGAUCAUGUGACUAGAGGUGCGAUGCGCAAGGAUGGAUUUCGUUUGGCAGUUGACCUCACCAGGCAGCAGAGGUUACAACUUCGCCACCUGAAACAAGAAGGCAACCGGGGAGGAGCGACGCUGGAGACUAUCCGAGCCUGAGGAGGGAAAUACAAAACGGGUUAACACCCGAAAGGAUCAGUGACUAGCAUUCUGUCUACACCUUAGUCAGUCCAGAAACAGGGUCUAUAACUGCAUGACUCCACCCCUAUGCUCAUUGCCAGGGGUAACGUCAAGUGUGUAAAUGUGGUGUCAACAGCUUGAGACAAGUACACGGGGUAUGUUACCCGCCGUGUCUCGUUCUUGUUGGUGACGAAGGAUUCAUCUACAUUCGUCUCCCAAAAGACAGCUAACAGAGCACCAUGACAGCUUUACUGGAAAUGCUCGACAUCAACACAGGCCUUGCUUUAGGCGUUGCCGUGUUGUCGUUGUUGUGGUGGCUUUCCGUCAGACGACCUGCAGGUGCACCUCCAGGACCUUGGCUGGCUGUACCACUGCUGGGUCACCUGCUGCUGAUGAUGAAGAAAGAUCCUCGGCAGCAGUUCGCAGUAUGGCGACGACAGUACGGUGACGUGUUCAGUCUGUACCUGGGCAGCCAGCUGGUGGUGGUGCUCAACGGCUACAAGGUCAUCAAGGAAGCGUUAGUAAAAAACCCCGACGCCUUCUCUGGCAGGCCUCAUAGUCUUCUCCUGGAUAUUAUAACCGACAGCAAAGGCGUUGUUGACACCUCUGGUCCUGUGUGGAAAGCCCAAAGAAAGGUUUCUACACAGAUUCUACGUGAGCUAGGGAUGGGCAAAAACGUCCUGGCGGCAAAGAUUGAGGAGGAGGUCAAAGAGUACAUCAGGGUCAUAUCCGAGAGCCAGGGACAGCCGCUGGAUCUGAAACACUUGACCCAAGCUAGCGUGUCCAACAACAUGUGUUCCAUCGUCUUUGGCAAACGCUUCGAGUAUGACGACGAUGUCUUUGGAAACAACCUUAGGUUGAUAGAUGCCAUUGUUCGCGAUGCUGGGGCGGGUGCCGCAGUAUCUUACAUUCCUUUUCUGCGACACCUGCCUGGAGAUUACUUUAAGUUGAAGCGAUUUGUGGACAACAUGCGGCUUGUGAUGCAGAAGUUUAUUAAACCUUUUGUAGACGAGCACUACCGCAGGUCUGAGGAGGGCACAGUGGACGACUUUAUUGGCGCCUACAUCAGAGAAAUACAUCAUCAUCGCAACAGUCAGUCAGGAUCACCUCACAUCAACGAUCCUAAUCUCCUCAAGUUAGUCUUCGACAUCUUUGGAGCUGGCACAGAGACGACCUCAACAGCUAUCCUGUGGGCUCUGGUUUGCUUCCUUCACCACCCUGACGUGCAGGACAAGUGCUACGAGGAGAUCCACAGAGUUGUCGGCACAGAGCGAGCGCCCACCAUACAGGAUAGACCGCAGUUAGUUUACAUGGAGGCUGUCAUCAUGGAGGUUCUUCGCUAUGCCAACGUUGCGCCACUUAGUUUGCCGCAUGCCACUUCCUGUGACGUGGAGUCUGGCGGAUACACGAUCCCUAAGGGCACUGUAGUCAUCCCCAACCUGGAUUCUGUGAUGAGAGAUCCGGAGACCUGGGGUGACCCCGACAGAUUCCGACCUGAACGUUUCAUAGGAGAGGACGGCAAACUGUGGAGACCCGAAGAGUUCAUUCCCUUCUCUAUGGGUCGGCGCUUCUGCUUGGGUGAAACGAUUGCUCGAAUGGAAUUACUUCUUUACAUUUCAACAAUGGUGCAACACUUUCGAUUCUUACCUCCGGAAACUGCAGAUCUGCCAUCUUUGCAAGGCGUGCUUGGCAUUACACAUUCCCCUAAACAUUUUAAAGUUCGAUCUGUGCCUAGGACGUGUUUGAAAAAGGAAACAUCGGAAUGAAGUCAGCAAUGGGGAGGAUGGGAGUAUCUGAGGGCAGUGGACAUGGCUGCAGUUAAUCAGCGUGGGCCAGUCCCAGCUGUUCUUUUUAUGCUACCCCUAGCAAACACAGAUUGUUGACCCAGGAUUGUUGACGGGUUUCGGCGUCAAUCAAUUGCACUAAAAAUAUUUUUAAACAGAUAGUGGGCCAAUAUUUUGUUAGAUUUCAUUUUACUAUCUGAUUACAAUCAUCAGUUUUUUUCCUCAGUGAUCAAUGUGUAAUUAUCUUACUAUACUACUAGGAAUACAGAAUACUUUAAAGGCAUCAGACUCUUAUACACUGGUACUGCAGGAAGCUGACUCUGACUUUGCUCACACUGCUGCAAAACACUUCAGAUGAUGAAGCUACGUUAUCACUUGACCUAUUUAUCGUUUUUAUCUUCUUUUUCUUUCAUGCUUGUUCCCUUGCUUGUUUUCUUUUCAUAAUUGUUGUAAAUUUUCUAUUUAUUGUAACAAUUUGCAAUUUUGGCUUGGUUUUCUGGUCCAUCAAGAACUGAUACUCUUGCUUGUGGUACUUUCAAGUCUCUGUCACAUCAGCAUGCACCAAGGUUCCGACACUGAGAGGCGGCAAUGUCACGAUGUGUGUAGGGUACACUAAAUGAUAUUUUUAACAGUUUGUGGGCCAAUCGUAGGCUGGAAUUCAGUCUAUUACACUAUUUUUAUCAUUCUCUUGCUACAGAAAUGUUUACGUAUAUCUUGUAUCAUAAGAUUCUUCAAAUUUGUAAUGCAGCUAUGCAUUGCUUACGAUUCGCUAUUGCUAGUUUGGGGAUCAAAAUAUUCUAAUGAAAUGUUCGUCCACCAAUAAAACUGAAAAUAUCUGUCAUCCAUUGGUCAGUUUUAAUUACAGUAGAUUAAUUUUCAGGGUUUAAUUUUAGUGACUAUACAUUCUUGAUUUUUCUGUUUAUCUGCUUACAAGACAGGGUAAACCGUGAUGAACUAUGAAUAUUGCAACAUUAAGUUUGUGUUGAGGGUUGACAAUGGUCACAUUCUCUACCCACACCAUGGUGAUGUUUUACUUAUUAUUUAUUUAGAUCUUCUUUGCUUCAGGAAUAUUAAAGAAAGAAAACAACUUAUGUCGGUAAAAUACUUGAAACAUAGAAUUGUUGAUAAUCAUGUUGAGAUAGUUUCAAGCUGAUAUGUACAAAUAUAUGUGCAGUUUUACUCUUAAUGCAUGAAGUGAUGUGCAUGGAAUUACUUUUCCCUGUGUAAUAUUUUUAUGAUUUCUGGAUAAAUGCUCGACAUUUUUUCCUGCUAUUUGAUUAAAACAUUUAUU